GCAACAGCAGCAGGUGCAGCAGCAAGAGCAACAGCAGCAGCAGCAGCUACACCAUCGUACUGCAUUCCACGACAGCGGGCUUGCAGGACUGCAGCAGGCAUCACACCCUCCACUGGCAAGGAGCUCUGCCUCUGCCGAAACUCUGUCAGCUGCAUUGGGAAGACGGCAGCUGCUAGACAUCAGGAGGUUCUGCAGCAUUCGGCGAGUCGAGAAAGUGACGCCUUGUUGGCUGCUGCUGCUGCUGCUCCUUCUGCAUGCAGCACGACACUAUCCGCAGAACCACCAGCAGGAGGAGCUCUCACACCAGCAGCGCUGCCUGGCCCUCUCUCUAGUACACGAGCAGAGGGUACACCCGAUUCUGCAUCUCUGGCAGAAGCUGCAACGCGCGCUGUGAGGGGCGAUGAAGCAGCAGCAGCAGCAGCAGCAGCAGACACGGCAGAACCAGGGAUGCCAAGCGUGGAAGACUCCAACGACUCAGCAGAAGAGGACGGCAUUCGCACGCCGCGGGUAGAAGAGAGUGGCCUUUCCCCUCUGCUAGGCCGUCUGAGCAUCCAAAACUUUAGUUGCUGCAGCAGCAGCGACAACAGCAGCCGCAGCAGCUCCCCGACGCCUUCGCAGCAGGACAGGCGCAUGCGUCAAUUGAGAAAUUACGAGCUGCAACAGCAACGCGCGCUGCAGGAGGAAUGCCGACAGAGAGCCAGCCCUUUUGCCACUUUAGAGCAUCUGCGCAGGCAGCCGCAGGAGCAGUCAAAAAGUGCGACAGCAUCCCCCCCAAAGGCGGCUGCCCCUUUGUUUCCGAGCUUGCUUGUUGAACAACGGCGCCAACAAGAUAUCGCAACGGAAACAAAUCUCCCUAGACAGCAGCAUUACCAGGUGAAAGAAUCUCCCUUUGCGUUCCUCUCCUCCUGCGCCGCUACAACGAGGCGAAUGAGGCCCUCUUCCGCAUUUUCAAGGACCUCGCCUCGGCUCGCUGCUGCCGCUGCGAGCUGCAACGCAGCAAGCAGCAAGGCAGCCUCCAGAAUCGCGUCACCCAUGCGGUCGAGAUCAACUCAUGCCAAAGAGGUCAGCAAAAACAGCAGCAGCGGCAGCAACAACGGUGUCUUGCAGCCCAGGCCUUCCGAGCUCACCCCUAUUCUGGGGCGUAUGAGUCUCGCUGAGCCAUCAGACACGGAGAGCGAUGAGGACGGGCAAAAAGAGCAGCAACAAGAAAAGCAACAAGAGCAGAGUGCUGACCUCCUUGCGGCAUCCGCUGGCAAAGGUACCUACGCUGGGAGCAGCAGCAGUCGCCUGCGAAGCCCGCAAGCCAAGGCUCAGCUGUGCACCUUGAAGCGUCUCCCAGAGCUUCCUCCAUCAGCCUCGCGAUCUUCCAAGCCGCCUGCGAUGGUCACAGGAGCCAGCAGCAGCAGCAGCAGCAGCAGCAGCAGCAGCAGCAGCACAGCUCUUGUUAGGGGCCCAAUAAGGGGUCAUAAUACCAGCCGCGCAGCAGACAGACGAGAAGCCCCCUACCGUCGCCCUUGGCUUACCGAUCACCAGCGCCUCCCUCCGGCAGUCUGUGCUGCUGGCGCGGCUGCCGCUGCAGGAGCAGCAACGUCGGCAGCAGCAGGAGCAGCAACGUCGGCAGCAGCAGCAGCCUGA